GUGUGUGUAUGUGUAAGUCUAGCUCGUGCCCCUAGAGGGCUCAUGUCCGUGUCUCUCUCUGUCGGUGUGUGUCGUUUCUCCGCUCGCUCGGUUCUCCGGUGUCUGUGUGCGUGAGCUCGGUGUUCCGCUCAUCAUGUCCUCCGCGGGAGCUGCGUGUGGACCGGCUCCGGGACCGAAUCACGGCGGCUCUGUUCCCGCGCCCGGCGCCUCAAACCCGCGAAAGUUCAGCGAGAAGAUCGCGCUGCACACGCAGAGACAGGCGGAGGAGACCGCGGCGUUCCAGGAGGUCAUGAUGGACCUCACCUCCACCCGGAUUCAGGCGCAGAAGGUCCGUUUGGCUCGAAAUCAGGGCUCGUAUUAUGGUGGAUCUCUGCCUAACGUCAACCAGAUCGGCAGGAGUGCCUCGGACCUGCAGGGCUCGUGUCACUCUCCGCUGGACUCCAGUCGCUCCACACGGCAUCAUGGUCUGGUGGAGCGUGUUCACAGAGAGCGGCGCUUCAUCUCUCCCAGCGGACCCUACAGAAGACAAACGGACAGCUCUCACAGCAGCUCAGUGUAUCUGUCUCCGCCCCCUGAACCCAGCUGGAGAAGGAACUGGAACAGUAGCUUUGAGACGGACAAGAGCCAGAUAUUCCAGCAGCUUCUGACCACAGCGCUCAACAGGACUAACUCGGACUCGGCGCUGCACACCAGUGUGAUGAAUCCUCCAGCUGGAGAGCCGUUCUCUGCUGGACUCCGCCGGCCGGCCGUCUUCUCCUAUCCUGCUCCCAUCGAGGAGAACAGCCCCGACGACGGACGCCUAAAGCCUUGGGACUCCAGGAAGCUGCCGCUGCUCUCUUCACGACCAAAGUCCUGUGAGGUGCCUGGAAUCACUGUGUUUCCGUCUCCGGACCAGCAGGGCAGCGCUCCUCAGGGCCCAACAGUGCUGAAUACAGGUGGCUCUCUGCCGGAUCUGUCCAGUCUGCACUUCCCGUCCCCGCUGCCGACCCCGCUGGACCCGGACGAGCCGGGAUACCCGUCUGUGAGCGGCGGGAGCACGGGGAACCUGACCUGCACCCUCACACAGCUGGGCAUCCACAGCCCCAGCAGCUUCUGCUCCACAGGUCUGCUGCCGUCUCUGCAGGGUACAUCCAGUAGCUCCUCCCUCCAGUCGUCGCUUAGCAACCCCAACAUCCAAUCAUCUCUCAGCGCUCAAUCGUUCCAGAACUCACUGAGCUCCGCCUCCCUGCAUUCAUCCCUGAGCAACCCCUCCCUCCAGUCUUCGUUAAGCUCCUCCCCCUCACUGAGGUCAUCGCUCAGCAGCCAGUCGCUGCAGUCGUGGCUCAGUAACUCCUCCCUCAGUGGCUCCUCCUCUGCGCUACAGCCGCAGACGAGCUCAUCCCCGCGCAGACGAGUGCAGCUGACCCCUGUGACCCUGCCUGCAGACACACGCAGACAUCACCCCAAACAGUUCUCACCCACCUCCUCCACCCUCAGCUCCAUCACACAGGGUGUGACUCUGGACACCAGCAGGCGGCAGGGGGAUCAGAGGUCAUCUCCCUAUUCUUUUGGCCAGCAGCAGCAGCAGGUUCAGAAGGGUCAGGGUCAGGGUCAGGGUCCUCACCUGCACAACAUGCAGAACCUGCAGAAGUCCUUCCAGAUGCAGCCACUGAAGCGUCCGAGCCCCGGUCAGAACCAGAACCCCCACCCCGUGAGUUACAGGUCAGCAGACGCCUCUCAGACGGGACAGACCCGGUCCGAGCAGCAGAUGAGUCCGGCUCUCAGCGCAGACCUGGACCUGUACAGCGUGAGUGACCGACCGGACAGACCAGUACCAGUUACAGGACACUUCAGAGAAUACUGGGGCACAAAGUAG